CGGCAAUCUUAUCUGUUGGGCUGUAGGAGCCUUGCAACAGGGAACCGGAGGUUGAACUGAAAUCGCUGGCUCGCAGAAGAGGCAGGUGGCACUACGAAGACCCACCUCCACUUGGCAGUCUGAACACACCUCGGUGGAAAUUAAUUUUGUUAUUUAACAGUCAAUCUUUGAAUUAACAUUAUUGAAAUAAAUACAUGCCUGUUACCUUGCGACUGUAAGUCUUAUGCUCCGAGAUGGAAAACGCGCACACUAAAUCGGCAUCUGAAGUUUUGGAAAACUUCAAUGUGAACGAAAACACUGGACUGACACUUGAGCAAGUCAAAAGCAAUUUGGAAAAAUAUGGACCCAACGAGCUGCCUGCAGAAGAAGGCAAGUCCCUGUGGGAGCUGGUGGUGGAGCAGUUUGAAGACCUCCUGGUGAGGAUCCUCCUGCUGGCUGCCUGCGUCUCCUUCGUUCUGGCCCUGUUCGAAGAGGGCGAAGAGACAACUACGGCCUUCGUGGAGCCCAUUGUCAUCCUGCUGAUCCUCAUCGCCAAUGCCGUGAUCGGGGUCUGGCAGGAGAGGAAUGCGGAGAACGCCAUUGAGGCCCUGAAGGAGUAUGAGCCAGAGAUGGGGAAGGUGUUCCGCAUGAACCGCAAAGCCGUCCAGAGGAUCAAGGCGCGGGACAUCGUCCCCGGGGACAUUGUGGAGGUGGCCGUUGGUGACAAGGUUCCUGCGGAUAUAAGGAUCACCUCUAUAAAAUCAACAACUCUACGAGUGGACCAGUCCAUUCUAACAGGGGAGUCUGUGUCCGUCAUCAAACACACAGACCCUGUACCUGACCCUAGGGCUGUCAAUCAAGACAAGAAAAACAUGCUAUUUUCGGGCACCAACAUCGCUGCAGGCAAGGCCAUCGGGGUGGUGGUGUGCACCGGCGUCAACACCGAAAUCGGCAAGAUCCGCAACCAGAUGGCGGGCACCGAGCAGGACAAGACGCCCCUGCAGCAGAAGCUGGAUGAGUUCGGGCAGCAGCUGUCCAAGGUGAUCUCGCUCAUCUGCGUGGCCGUGUGGGUCAUCAACAUCGGCCACUUCAACGACCCCGUCCACGGCGGCUCCUGGGUGCGUGGCGCCAUCUACUACUUCAAGAUCGCCGUGGCGCUGGCCGUGGCCGCCAUCCCUGAGGGGCUGCCCGCCGUCAUCACCACCUGCCUGGCGCUGGGCACUCGCCGCAUGGCCAAGAAGAACGCCAUCGUCCGCAGCCUGCCCUCCGUCGAGACGCUGGGCUGCACCUCCGUCAUCUGCUCCGACAAGACCGGCACCCUAACCACCAACCAGAUGUCCGUGUGCAGGAUGUUCGUGGUGGACAAGGUAGAGGACUCCAGCUGCUCACUCCAUGAAUUCUCCAUCACUGGAUCCACCUAUGCCCCAGAGGGACACGUGCUUAAGGGGGAUCGUCCCAUUCAGUGCGGGGAUUACGACGGCCUGCUGGAACUGGCCACCAUCUGUGCCAUGUGUAACGACUCCUCCCUGGACUACAACGAGUCCAAGGGCGUGUAUGAGAAGGUCGGCGAGGCCACGGAGACGGCGCUGACCACCCUGGUGGAGAAGAUGAACGUUUUCAAGACCGACCUAUCAGGGCUGAGCAAGGUGGAGCGGGCUGGAGUGUGCAACUCGGUCAUCAAACAGCUGAUGAAGAAGGAGUUCACCCUCGAGUUCUCCCGCGACCGCAAGUCCAUGUCCGUCUACUGCACUCCGACGAAACCGGGCUCCCUGAGCAGAAUGUUUGUCAAGGGCGCCCCCGAGAGCGUAAUUGAGCGUUGCCAGUACCUGCGUGUGGGCACCGGGAAGGUGGCGCUGACCGCCCCCCUGCGGGACCAGCUGAUGAGCUUAAUCAAGGACUGGGGCACGGGCAGAGACACCCUGCGCUGCCUGGCCCUGGCCACGCGCGACUCCCCACCCAGGAGGGAGGACAUGGACCUGGAGAACUCCGCCAAGUUCGCCGAGUAUGAGACGGGCCUGACGUUCGUGGGGUGCGUGGGCAUGCUCGACCCCCCCAGGAAAGAGGUGAUCGGCUCCAUCAAGCUGUGCGGCGAGGCGGGCAUCCGCGUCAUCAUGAUCACCGGCGACAACAAGGGCACGGCCGUGGCCAUCUGCCGUCGCAUCGGCAUCUUCACCGAGGACGAGGACGUCAUCGGCAAGGCCUACACGGGACGCGAGUUCGACGACCUCUCGCCCGAGGCGCAGCGGGAGGCGGUCAAGCAGGCCCGCUGCUUCGCCCGCGUGGAGCCUGCCCACAAGUCCAAGAUCGUGGGCUACCUGCAGUCCUUCGACGAGAUCACCGCUAUGACAGGUGACGGGGUGAAUGAUGCCCCUGCACUGAAGAAGGCCGAGAUUGGCAUCGCCAUGGGGUCCGGCACGGCCGUGGCCAAGUCGGCCUCGGAGAUGGUCCUCUCUGACGACAACUUCUCCACCAUCGUGGCGGCCGUGGAGGAGGGCCGGGCCAUCUACAACAAUAUGAAGCAGUUCAUCCGCUACCUCAUCUCCUCCAACGUGGGCGAGGUGGUCUGCAUUUUCCUGACAGCCAUCCUGGGCCUUCCGGAGGCGCUUAUCCCAGUACAGCUUCUGUGGGUCAACCUGGUGACUGACGGACUCCCUGCCACUGCCUUGGGCUUCAACCCCCCAGACCUGGACAUCAUGGACAAGCCUCCCCGCAACCCCAAGGAGCCCCUCAUCUCUGGCUGGCUCUUCUUCAGAUACCUGGCCAUCGGAGGGUAUGUUGGCCUGGGGACCGUGGGAGCAGCGACAUGGUGGUAUCUCUUUGACGAGCAGGGCCCCCAGGUCUCAUUUUACCAGCUGAGACACUUCAUGCAGUGUACUGAAGACAACCCCAUGUUCGCCGGGAUCGAUUGCGAGAUCUUCGAGUCGCGCUACCCCACCACCAUGGCCCUCUCUGUGCUGGUUACCAUAGAGAUGUUCAACGCUCUCAACAGCUUGUCUGAGAACCAGUCCCUACUUAGAAUGCCCCCGUGGGUCAACAUCUGGCUGCUGGGAGCCAUAAUCCUGUCCCUGUCCCUGCACUUCCUCAUCCUCUAUGUGGAGCCCCUGCCUCUGAUUUUCCAAGUCACCCCUCUGCGCUGGUCCCAGUGGAUCGUGGUCCUGAAGAUCUCCAUCCCGGUCAUCCUGCUAGACGAGGCCCUCAAGUACAUUUCCCGCCACCACCUAGAAGCCUAACUUUCUUCUCUUGCCCUCUGCGAUAAGGAGAAGAGGAGAAGAAGUACAUAAAGAGAAGGCAGCUGAAAUUCUAAGACUCCCUCUUCCCCUUUUUUGACAAAGAAAACCCUUUCCACCCCUUAGCCCUGCGUACACCAAAAGUCUUGCAUGUUCAACCACCACUAGAAAUGAGACAGGGCUCUGCAUGUGUCGGAGAGUGUUUGUGUGAGUGUACGUGCGCGCGUGUGUGUCUAGGACAGAGCGCGGGACGAGCUGCGAAUAUAUUGAUGACUUUGUUGCUUUUUGUUGUUCUGUUUGAUGAUUUUUUUGGUUUGUCUCUGUACAUAUCAGUGCAAUAACUGGACCAGAGGGAGGGGAGGAAGGGAGAGGGGGGAGGGAGGGCGUGUGUUUGAGACGGGUCGCGGAGUCAAUAGACUCGGCGGUGUCUGGAAUUGGGCUGUGACAGAGAGGUGUGGCUCAGGCAGACGGAGAUGGGCGGGAGCAUUUUGGUGGCAUUCUCCCCCCCUUUCUCCACCGCUGCCCUGUUGGAUUCCAGGCCCGUGUCCGCCUGCGGGUGACGGCCCAACCCUGGUCUCGCUACCUUUAAGGACGUGGUCUGUCCUUCCAAUCUGUCCGUCUGGCCUCUGCUCCAACCCCCCGCCAACCCCCACCCCCUGGGCAGCUGAAUCGAGGACAGAUCACCGCUUGUCUCGCUGCUCAGACUGCUCACCCAGCCAGUGGCUUACUCUCUCCCUUCUUCUGAAUGUCACUCCGCCCCUCUCUGUCACUCCUGUCUCCCUUACACAUCC